AUGGAUCAUCCUCUGUCUUAUGUCCUCAAGUUACCUCCGCCUUCGGAGGGUGUAUCUCUUGGUGACUAUAUCGCAGCCAAUGUAACAGAUAAUGGUAAGGCAUCAACCCUGAUCGAUUGCCUGCCGUCGACAAAUAAGCGAGCACUGAUCUCGCCGGACUUGUCGCGACCGCCUCUAACGCACCGUAUGUUGAAGCAGUUCAUCACUUCCUUCUCGCUGCCCUCGACCGUGGGAAAGAAGCCUCUUCAACUGAAUGACCGCGUUAUGAUGGCCCUCCCGACCGGCCCUGAGAAUGCUUUGGCUUUAUUGUCUAUUGCUACAUAUUAUAACUGUGCUCCUGUGAAUGCGAGCUGCACCGCGGAUGAAUUAAAAGACGAUGCUCUUCGGCUAGGAGCACGCGCCGUUAUUUCCACGCAAGAGUCGAUUGAACGUCUCGGUCUUGACAGACUUCACAACGAGUAUGGCCUCGAAAUCUACUUUGUCGAUCCCCGGCCUUCGGGCGCUGCUGGUUUGUUCGAUAUCAGCAUGUAUGGCGAAGAAGACCCUGCCUCUCGUCAACGUCCCCCGUCGACUCCUAAUGGCCUUAAGAAUCACGCACUAGUUCUACACACCUCGGGAACUUCAGGUAAGAAGAAGGUUGUCCCUUAUACAUUGCGUCACUUGAUUGUAGGCGCUGUGUGUGUCAUGCAAAGUUGGAACCUGCAUCCUGAACAGGUCAACAUGAACAUGAUGCCCUUGUUCCACGUCGGUGGUAUUUUGCGUAACCUCUGGGCCCCAGUACUUUCUGGUGGUAGUACCAUUCUGUGCAGUGGCUUUGAUGCAAACGCCUGGUGGACAUUGGCCACACAGCUUGGUGCCACUUGGUAUUACGCUGCUCCGACGAUGCAUCAUGCUAUCUUGGCAUCUAAGCCCUCAGACGUGGACCCUGCAACUCAGCUGAAAAUCAACAUGAUCUGUAAUGCUGCCGGUGGUUUGCUUCCGUCGCUUGCCAACGAGCUUCGUGCUACAUUCAACUGUACUGUUUUGCCAUCGUACGGUAUGACAGAAUGUAUGCCCAUUGCAUCUCCGCCUAUGACGUAUCAGCUGGAGCGUCCUGGUUGCUCAGGUAUUGCUUGCGGUCCAGGACUCAGUAUUCGGGACCCACUUAACAUUGAAAAUGAGCUGGAAGUUGGCAAGACAGGUAACAUUUGCGUUCGUGGUUUGCCUACCUUUAGCGGUUAUGAAGUUGAGGGUAGCAGAGAGCUGGACAAUUCGAUGUUCUCUUCGGAGGGCUGGUUCGAUACCGGUGACUGUGGACAUAUGGAUCAAGAUGGUUACCUUUAUAUCACCGGUCGUUCGAAAGAGAUUAUCAACAAGGGUGGUGAGGUCGUUUCACCUUUCGAGGUUGAAGAAGCCAUCACUCAGGCCUGCAAGGACCGGGUCAAGCAAACUCUUUGUUUUUCCAUUGAACACAAAGUUCUGCAGGAGACGAUUGGUGUCGUUAUUGUUCCUCAGCCCGACCAGCCUCGUAUUGGUCUGAGCGAGUUGCAAAAUUCGCUGCGCAGCCAUCUGCACCCCUCUAAGUGGCCGUUUGCGAUUGUUUACAUGGAUGAUCUCCCGAAAAACCAGGCUGGUAAGCCUCUUCGUAUUAAGCUGGGUUCUCGUCUUGGUAUUGGUCCAUUGUCGGAUGAUGUCCCUGCGAUGGAUCGACACUUUGAGGCCAAGGCGCCUAGCAAGGAGACUCCGCUUUCGCGCCCAAUUCCUUGCUCGAGGAUCACUGUGGAUGUGCGUGCAGUCCAGCGCGCUUGCUACCGUAUUCCUGGCGUUCUUGAUGCUGCAGUGGUCCAACAGCGCGACCGCUCGCCCAUGGCGUUCAUUCAAGUCCAGGAAGAUGCUGAAUUUGACGCCUCAGAUAUUGAUCGUGCGUUGGGUCAAAUUCUCCAUGGAUACGUUGUGCCGAACCCGCUGCAUGUCUUCCGCCAGCCUUUGAUCAAGACGAAUGGUGAAUAUGACUUUGCCGCUAUGGAAAACAUUGUUCGCGAACAAAAUGCAGCGUCCAUGUCACAGACCUCGAUUCUUGUGCGCGACAUCAUCGCCAAGUUGCUGGAUCUUGAUUCUGGCUCUAUCACAGACGAGUCAGACUUCUUCUUGCUUGGUGGUAACAGUUUGCUGCUUGGUCGUCUCAUCUUUAUGAUCCGAAAAGAGACUGAUGUGAACUUGGAAGUAUCAAGUCUUUUUAUCAACUCCACGGUGUCGAAGAUCGCGGCACUCAUCGAUGAACAGCGUGGUCUGGGUGCUAGUAUGGAAGAGCAGGACUUUUAUCAGCUGGACGAAAAGGGUGCUGGACUGUACUCAUCGUACAAUCUUGCGCAUGACUACAAUGCUGAAAAUGACCCGGCCUUCUCGGCGCAUGGCUACAAGCCACGCAGCUCGACCUCGCCGCUGGUUUUGUUUGUCCAAGCUAUUCCUCUGUUUUUCUUUUAUCCACUCAAGGCCGCCUGGACUUGGACGAUUAUUUUACAUGGACUUGCCUUCUUCGCAUACUACAUUGAGGACUCAUUCUGGGAGCGUCUAGGUGCGUUACUGGCGUCCAUCGUAAUUGCUCGUAUCACAAGUCGUAUCAUUUGUCCCACGGCAGCCAUUGCCUUCAAAUGGGUGGUGAUUGGCCGCUAUCGCCCCGGCAAGUACCCGAUGUGGAGCAACUAUCACUUGCGUUGGUGGAUCGUGAAUCAGUCGUUGCGUACCAGUGGCCGUGGUAUCUUUGCGUUGACGCCCUCUUUGAUGAAGUUAUACUUCCGUUUGUUGGGUAUGCAAAUUGGAAAGGGUGUGCAGAUCGAUUCUCAAGCAAAGAUUUGGGAGCAUGAUUUGAUCACGAUUCAUGAUCGUGCUGUGAUUGAUCGUGCGCGUAUUCGUGGCUUUUGUGUGGAACGCGAUGGGUACUUCCGGUUAGAGCCCAUUGUUAUUGGACGUGACUGUGUGGUUAACACAUACACGCAGAUUUCUCCUGGUGCUCGUCUUGCUGAUGGCACUGUGUGGGGACCUCAGUCUUCGUCACACGAAGCUCCGUCACCUGAUUCCUAUGCAGCCUUCAACCGGAUGGCUGUGCCUCAGCCCCACAUAUUGCUCCGUCUCUUGAUCGGUUAUCCAGUGGUCAUUCUUGUUCGCAUUAUUUCCUAUGUGCCUUGGUUUGCUGCAUUGUUCUUGCUCUUGUCUCAGCCAUUCAACUUCACCAACCAAGAUUCGCUUCACAGUAUCAUCGCCUGGUAUUCGUACCCUAAGCGUAUUGGUUACCACUUCCUUGCCCGAAUUGUGCGCAAAAUUCUGCCUCCGUUGAUCAAUGUGGUUUGCGGUCUAGUUAUCAAGCGUGUGCUUGGUCUGAAUAAGGCUGGAUCUAUGCGCAAUGCGAAUCAGCUGGUGCUCUUCCGUCGCUGGAUGUCCGACCAGCUGCUGAACCAGUACCGGCUUAAGCGCGCCUUUGAGAUCAUUGGUACUCACUACGAGAUGGUGUCCGUCGUGUAUCGUGUUAUGGGCUCCAAGAUUGGUAAGCGCGUGUACUGGCCUGGCUCGGGUAUUUAUUGCCCUGACCCUGAACUGUUGGAAAUUGGUGAUGAUGUUGUGUUUGGCUCGCGGUCUGAAGUGUUCACCUCUGACUCGAUUAGCUUCGAUCCGAUUCGUAUUGGACGCGGUGCUAUGAUUGCCGAUCGUGUGGUUUUGUUGCCUGGUACUACGAUUGGUGUGCAGUGUGUUAUGGGUUCGGGUGCCCUUGCGCGCCGCAAUGGCAACUAUGAAGAUCGUUCGGUUUGGAUGGGUUCGAAGAAUGGUGAGGCGGUCAGCUUUGGCAAGUCGCAGGGUGGGCCUGCUGAACUGGGCGAAGAUGAUACUAUUACACCGUUCGGUCGUGCGUAUUAUAAGCGCCAGGCCAACUACUUUGUGAUGCCUUACUUGAUGAUUGUGGCUCUGAAUGUCUUUACGCAGGCCAUUGCUGCCGCUUACUGGGCUGGUGGCUUUGCGGCUACGGUGGUGGGCAUCCACCGAAUCGUCGAAACCUACUAUCUUCGGUCCAACUGGCUGUUUGGCGACCACUGGUACCGUCCGGCCUUCCUGUAUCUCGCGAUUGCCAUUUUCUUUGUCGUAAUCUUGCCUGGUCAAGCAAUUAUUUCGCUCGCCUGGGUAGUUGCAACAAAGUGGCUUAUAAUUGGCCGUCGUCGUGAGGGCAAGUAUAACUGGGAUAUGAGCAGCUACUGCCAGCGCUGGCAGACGCACCUAACACUUCAAAAGCCCGCUAUGCAAGGCUAUGGUGGCCACAUUUUCAUGAACCUUUCUGGAACGGUCUACGCUGUCUGGUACCUGCGUGCCCUCGGUGCACACAUCGGAAAGGACUGUGCUAUUUGGGCUAGUGGCAAGCCGGCGCUUCAGCUGACGGAGCCGGAUCUGGUGACCAUGGGUGAUCGUGUGUCUAUCGAUGACUGUUCCGUGGUGGCGCAUAUCAACUCCCGUGGUCAGUUCAGCCUGAAUCGACUGCGUAUUGGAGAUGGCUGUGCGAUGCGCACGGGUAGCCGUCUCUUGUCAGGAGCCAGCAUGGAAGCCCACUCUAUGCUCCUGGAGCAUACGCUUGUGGCCUCGGGUGAAAUCACAGAAAGCUGGGCAGUUUACGGAGGAUGGCCUGCCCGCCGUUUGAAGCUGCGAAACCCUGCGCCAGCUAAGGCAUAA